CCGUUGAGAUGAUACUGGUGAGAGGAUUAUGAGAUUUGACGCUCACUUGUAUGGCGCACCCCGGGCCCAGUGGAAGAACUCUCGCUCGAUAGGCCGAAAUACAAAAUAAAAUAUUAAGUUAUGUACGUUUUAAAACGUUGCAUUUCUGUAGGCCAAAUAGUCUUUGAGCUGGCCUACUUUUGUGCCGAGGAGGCGACGCCAUAGAGGAGAAUUGAAGUAAGCCUCGUCCUCCUUCUCCUCCUAGCAUGAUCUUCAGGACGUUGGGGCCGACACGUUUAGAGCCUUGUCGUCUAAGGACCUGUGACUGCAGUGACACGCGUGGAGCAGCGGCCAGGCGUGUGCAUAGCGUGUGUUAUCCUUGAGAUGCGACCACCGCUCUGUGCCUUCCACAGCAAAACUCGGACAUGGGCCGCGCACGGACACACAACCCCUGAGCACCCUAAGGCACACCCCGCCCCCCUCCCUAUCUCUUCCAUCCCUCGCUCCCUCCAGCUCCCUCGCUAUCGGUAUGGUGUCCUUCGGUUCCUCCUGCUUGCCGCCCUGUGCCUUUGGCUCAUUGGACCCUCCCCUGCUCACGCUGCUCACUUCCGUGUCGGGGUGGUAGGGCCGUGGUCAUGUGACCCUCUCUUCUCCAAAGCGCUGCCGAGUGUGGCGGCCCAGCUGGCAGUCAACCGUAUCAACAGAGACCCUGUCCUCUCACUGGCAGCCACUUUUGAUUAUGUCAUUCUGGAAGAGAAGUGUGAGACUUCCAGGGCUCUGGAUGGGUUCAUGGGCUUCUAUACCAGGGCUACAGGCUUCAUCGGGCCGGCCAACCCUGGGUACUGUGACGCUGCAUCGCUACUGGGCAAGGGCUGGAACAAGGCGGUGUUUUCGUGGGGAUGUGUUGGCUAUGAGCUGGAUGAUGUGCGGAGCCAUCCUACCUUUGCCCAUUCCAUGCCCCGACCCACCUGGGUGCUGAUCAGCCUCAUGCAGCACUUCCGCUGGGCACAAGUUGGCAUCAUUGCCUCCUCAGAGGACAGCUGGGUGGAGACCUCCAUCAAGGUGGCCAACUCUCUGAGGAGUCAUGGGAUGCCGGUGAGGCUGGUGGUUACCAUCGGUAACGACCCUGGUAGUGUCAGGAAGACCCUGGCCAAGCUCAAGAAGGUGGAGGACCUACGAUUGGUGAUCAUGUGUAUGCACUCUGCCCUGAUCGGAGGGGGACCGCAGAAGCUCCUGCUAGAAACAGCAAAGGACAUGAGACUGACCGAGGGAUCCCUGGUGUUCCUACCCUACGACACGCUACUCUACAGCCUACCCUACCACAAUGUCACCUACCCUGCCCUGAGGAGCAACAGCAAGCUACUCAAGGCCUACGAUGCCGUGUUGACAGUCACUAUAGACUCUCCCAAGACAUCUUUCUACCAGGCCUAUCAGGAGGCUAUAGACAGGGGAGAGAUAGCGGGAAAUGUCAAGCCAACACAGGUGUCUCCUCUGUUUGGGACCAUCUACAGCUCCAUGCUGUUCAUGGCCCAUGCUGUCCACAGGGUCAAGGCCUCAGGGGAGUGGCUCUCUGGGGGGAACCUGGCCCAACACACCCACAACCUGGCCUUCCAGGGCUUCAGCCACCCUGUGAGGACUAACAUGUCUGGAGCCGGCUUGGCUGACUACGUAAUACUGGAUACAGACGGGAAGACCUGGGACCUCAGGCCCACACACAGGAUAGAGAUGGCUGCUGACAUGGUGCGGUUCCUGGGUAGAGAUAUCCACUUCCCACACGGUAUCUCCCCCAAGACUGACUCCAACUGUUGGUUCAUCAAAGGCAUCAUCUGCACUGGAGGUGUGGAUCCAUUCUCUGCUGUUAGGAUCUUCCUGGGAUUCGUCCAGACGGGUUUCGUCUUGUUUAUUCUAACCUACUGCAUCAAGCGACGCAUCAACCACAUCCGGUUGUUCCGGGGUCCCAACAAGAUCCUGCUCACCCUUGACGACGUCACCUUCAUCAACCCGUCGCUUAGCAACAAGAAGCUUAGUAUAGACAGUAACAGAAAGAUCAGUGGAGUCUCUCUGACGAGCCAUUCACAGCACAGCCUCACGUCCCCCUUCUCUGAGCAAUCCCCUGCUACCUACGAGAACUCCAACGUCGUCCUCUAUGAGGGAGACUGGGCGUGGCUGAAGAGACUACCUCAUGGAACGUUCAGGAAUAUCAACCCCAAAACCAGUGACGUGUUUGAAUUGAUGAAGGACAUGCGUCAUGAGAACAUUAACCUCUUCCUGGGUUUCUUCCACGACUGUGGAGUGUUUGCCAUCGUAACCGAGUUCUGCACCAGGGGAAGCAUGGAAGACCUAUUGCUCAAUGAGGAUGUCAAACUGGAUUGGAUGUUCAAGUCAUCACUACUGCUGGACCUUAUUAAGGGUAUGAAGUACCUGCACCACAGGAACUUGUAUCACGGUCGUCUGAAGAGCAGGAACUGUGUGGUGGAUGGACGCUUCGUCCUGAAGAUCUCAGACUACGGAUACAACGAGGUUCUAGAGGCAGCAAAGUUCCCCUACACAGAACCUCCUGCAGAGGACCUGUUGUGGACUGCCCCUGAGAUUCUGCGUGGCCCCUCCCCCGGUCUCUACGGCAGUCUCCAUGGAGACGUGUACAGCUUCGCCAUCAUCAUGCAGGAAGUGGUCAUGAGAGGCCCGCCUUUCUACAUGCUGGAGCAGUCUGCUGCAGAGUUGAUCCAGAAAAUCCGUAAGCCCCCUCCUCUGUGUCGUCCGGUGGUCUCCCCUGACUACGCCCCUAUGGAGUGUAUCCAGCUGAUGAAACAGUGUUGGAACGAAGAGCCAGACAGGCGGCCAUGCUUCGACCAGAUCUUUGACCUGUUUAAGAACAUCAACAAGGGCAGGAAGACCAACAUCAUAGACUCCAUGUUGAGGAUGCUGGAGCAGUACUCCUCUAACCUGGAGGAGCUGAUCAGAGAGAGGACUGAGGAGCUGGAGAUAGAGAAACAGAAGACUGAGAAACUACUCACUCAGAUGCUGCCACCGACGGUUGCGAAUGCCCUGAAGGUGGGUGGUACGGUGGAACCGGAGUACUUUGACAACGUGACGCUGUACUUCAGUGACAUCGUUGGCUUCACCACCAUCUCAGCCAAUAGCGAGCCCAUCGAAGUGGUUGACCUUCUGAACGACCUCUACACGCUGUUUGACGCAAUCAUUGGCAACCACGAUGUCUAUAAGGUGGAGACGAUAGGCGAUGCCUACAUGGUGGCGUCAGGGUUACCGGUUGCCAACGGAGAUCGUCACGCGGCAGAGAUAUCCAACAUGGCGCUAGACAUCCUCAGUGCUGUGGGCACCUUCAAGAUGAGACACAUGCCUGACGUACCUGUACGGAUACGCAUAGGAUUACACUCAGGUCCGUGUGUGGCGGGGGUGGUGGGACUGACCAUGCCUAGAUACUGUCUGUUCGGAGACACUGUCACCACAGCCUCUCGUAUGGAGUCCACUGGGAUGCCCUACAGAAUCCAUGUCCAUAACAGCACAGUUAAAAUCCUGCUGGAACUCAAGGCAGGAUACAAGGUGCAACUGAGAGGCAAAACUGACCUGAAGGGAAAAGGAGGAACAGAGGAGACCUACUGGCUCAUAGGGAAGGACAACUUUGAGAAACCUCUCCCCGUCCCCCCUGAAUUCAAGAAAGGGUCUGUCCAGGAGAUCAAGGACUUCAAGCUGCUCCUCCACAAGGCCGUGAAGAAGAUCUCCACUGUCAGAACGGUGGCUAUGGUUACUAUGGUGGACGACGACAACGUCAUGAUGCACCACCACUGACCAAUCAGACUUCCUGAUGCACCACCACUGACCUUUGACCCUAGCCAGAAAGAGGCAUCAUGGGAGCUACAGCAAAGGCAUAUUUUGACUCCAUUUUGAAUCAAUGGAACUUGGGGCUGACCAAUGAGGACCACCAAUUGACUACUGUGUGGACAUCCAACUGUUUUGCUUUUAUGGCUCCCGGUCUUUCAGACUGAUUCUGUGUCCAUUAUGAGCCUUGGAUCCUUACUAUCGCCCCAUGGUCAACAAAGAGGGAACAGCAGGGCGGAAGAGGAUCCAGUGACAGGUUUGCGUCUGCAGGUUAUUGGUGAAUAUUCAGAAAAGGGAGCUUACAAGUGUCUGGUCAUACAUUGCCCAAGCAACCGUGUGUGCGUGCGUGCGUGUGCGUGUGCGUGUGCGUGUGUGUGUGUGUGUGUGUGUGUGUGUGUGUGCGUGCGUGCGUGCGUGCGUGCGUGUGCGCGUGCGUGCGUGCGUGCGUGCGUGCGUGCGUGCGUGUGUGUGUGUGUGUGUGUGUGUGUGUGUGUGUGUGCGUGUGCGUGCGUGUGUGUGUGUGUGUGUGUGACGGGGGAGGGGAAGUGAAAGGAUGUGCUGUGUAGAGAUUACUGCAGCUUGUUUUAAAUAUGAAGCAUCUUGCCGGACAGUAGGACUAUCAUUAGAAGUAUCAGUGUUACUCAGUAAACCACGGAUCGGAUCUGUCCAGUGAGUCUACUCGCUUGGUGUCCCAUAAACGCUUUGCUCAAAGCCUCUUCCUGCUUUUCUUCUCCUCCUGAUUUCCUCCUUCUCAUCCUCCUCUCUUCGUGACGAAACAGUCUCUCUUGGUCGUCAUGCUCCCUGCAUUCACACUCUGUCCGUCCGCUGACUUACUGAAACACAAGCUUUGCUUUUUCUUUUUGUUCUUGCAUGUUGUGUUAUGUUGAUGUUCUUUAAUUGUAAACCUCGGACUCUUCCAGAAAAACUCUCCCAGAAUUUUGAACCUGCAUAGGUCAAAUCCAAUUGUAUUUGUCACAUGAGCUGAAUACAACAGUUGUAGGUUUAGUUACGAGCCAUUUCCCCAACAAUGCAGUGCAAAAAACAACAAUUUCAAAAAAUAUGAUGGGUCAGUGACGGGUUGCUGCAGAUGUAAAAAUCCCCAUAUAAAGUGAUACGUUUGUGUAAAAAUCCACAUAUAAAGUGAUACGUUUCUGUAAAAAUCCCCAUAUAAAGUGAUACGUUUCUGUAAAAAUCCCCAUAUAAAGUGAUACGUUUCUGUAAAAAUCCCCAUAUAAAGUGAUAAGUUUCUGCAACAUGUGUAUAACACAUCUGUGAAAGUAUAUACUUGGGGCCUAGAAGGGACUGUUGUGUAUAGUAUGUGCUCACUGAGACACUUUGUAUGUGAGAGACAAUUCAUCAAAAUAUCACCUGUAGAACUUCUCUGAUGUACAAACACUCUGAUGACGCACAAACAUUCCUCUACGGAAUCAUUCUUUCCAUCAUCAGUUUUCAACACGCCUGUAUUAUAACCAAGUCAAGACGAUAUAAUAUUUUGUUUGUUUACAGGUGUUUAUUGUAUUUGUGUAUAAUUGUGUACUGUAACUUGUUAGCAUGGCUUGCAAUACAAAAUUGUGAAAAUUGUCA